CCUCCUGGCAACUUUCUGCUCUUCUCUCCCCCUCCUACACAAUCCAAACACCAGCAAUUCUUGACACCUUCUUCUUUUUACACAAGACACAAUCGUAAUCCUUAGUCCUUCUGAUACCCUCUUCUACAGCUAUCACUUUCCUCCGUUCUAUCGAGUGGACUACGUCUCCCACAGGCGACCCAACAAACUCCCUUUCCCACAUUCUCACAGCCGCACUCAGGCAUCAUGUUCGUGAGAAAGCGCGAUGGUCGCCAGGAGCGCGUCCAGUUCGACAAGAUCACUGCCAGAGUGUCGAGGCUAUGCUAUGGCCUCGACAUGGAGCACGUUGAUCCGGUUGCUAUCACGCAGAAGGUCAUUUCUGGUGUCUAUGGCGGUGUCACCACCGUGCAGCUCGACGACUUGGCCGCCGAGACCGCCGCGUACAUGACCGUCACCCACCCCGACUACGCCAUCCUGGCUGCUCGCAUCGCAGUUUCCAACCUCCACAAGCAAACCAAGAAGCAAUGGUCUGCCGUCGUCAGUGAUCUCUAUCACUACGUCAACCCUAAGAACGGCAAGGCGUCGCCCAUGAUUGCCAAGGACACAUACGAUGCCGUCAUGAGGCAUAAGGAAGAGCUCGACUCUGCCAUUGUAUACGACCGCGACUUCAACUACCAGUACUUCGGCUUCAAAACCUUGGAGAGAUCAUACCUCCUCAAGCUUGACGGCAAGAUCGCUGAGAGGCCGCAACACAUGAUCAUGCGUGUCGCCGUUGGCAUCUGGGGUGACGACGUUGAGCGCGUCAUCGAAACCUACAACCUGAUGUCCAGCAAGUUCUUCACGCAUGCCUCUCCCACACUCUUCAACGCUGGUACCCCACAGGCCCAGCUAUCCUCCUGCUUCCUCGUCGACAUGAAGGAAGACUCCAUCGAGGGUAUCUAUGACACCCUCAAGACUUGCGCCAUGAUCUCCAAGAUGGCCGGUGGUAUCGGCCUCAAUGUUCACCGCAUUCGUGCCACUGGCUCCUACAUUGCCGGCACCAAUGGUACCUCCAACGGCGUUGUCCCUAUGCUUCGUGUCUUCAACAACACUGCUCGCUACGUUGACCAGGGUGGUAACAAGCGUCCCGGUGCCUUUGCCAUCUACCUUGAGCCUUGGCACGCCGACGUCUUCGACUUCUUGGAUCUGCGCAAGAACCACGGAAAGGAGGAGGUCCGCGCUCGUGACCUCUUUCUUGCCCUCUGGAUUCCCGAUCUCUUCAUGAAGAGAGUCGAGAAGAACGGAGACUGGACUCUUAUGUGCCCCAAUGAGUGCCCAGGCUUGGCCGACUGCUACGGCGAGGAGUUUGAGGCCUUGUAUGAGAAGUACGAACAGAUGGGCAAGGGACGCAAGACCAUGAAGGCUCAGAAGCUCUGGUAUGCUAUCCUUGAGGCUCAGACCGAGACUGGCAACCCCUUCAUGCUCUACAAGGAUGCCGCCAACCGCAAGAGCAACCAGAAGAACCUUGGUACCAUUCGCAGCUCUAAUCUGUGCACUGAGAUCAUUGAGUACUGCGCUCCUGACGAGGUCGCUGUCUGCAACCUGGCCUCGCUCGCACUUCCCACUUUUGUUGACUACAACGAGGGUGUCUACGACUUCCAGAAGCUCCACGAGGUGACCCAGGUUGUUGUCCGCAACCUGAACAGAAUCAUCGACGUCAACCAUUACCCUGUUCAAGAGGCUCGCAACAGUAACAUGCGCCACCGCCCCAUUGGUCUCGGUGUGCAGGGUCUUGCCGAUGCCUUCCUGGCUCUUCGCAUGCCCUUCGAGUCUCCCGAAGCCCGCGACCUCAACAAGAAGAUCUUCGAGACCAUCUACCACGCUGCCCUCACCAUGUCUGUGCAGCUGGCUAAGGAGGAGGGCCCAUACCAGACGUACGAGGGCUCGCCUGUCUCACAGGGCAUCCUUCAGUAUGACAUGUGGAAUGUCAAGCCUUCGGACCUCUGGGACUGGGACUCUCUGAAGGAACAGAUCAAGCAGCACGGUGUCCGCAACUCUCUGCUCGUCGCGCCCAUGCCGACUGCCAGCACUUCGCAGAUCUUGGGCAACAACGAGUGUUUUGAGCCCUACACCUCCAACAUCUACCAGCGCCGUGUCCUUGCUGGCGAGUUUCAGGUCGUCAACCCUUGGCUUCUUAAAGACCUCGUCGAUAUGGGCCUAUGGUCCGAUGCCAUGAAGAAUCGUAUCAUCGCCGAGAACGGUUCAAUUCAGAACAUUCCCAACAUCCCCACAGAGGUCAAGGCUCUGUACAAGACCGUUUGGGAAAUCUCCCAGCGUACUGUCGUUCAGAUGGCUGCCGAUCGUGGUGCCUUCAUUGACCAGUCGCAGUCGCUCAACAUUCACAUGAAGGAUCCCACUAUGGGCAAGAUCACCAGCAUGCACUUCGCCGGCUGGAAGCUCGGUCUCAAGACGGGCAUGUACUACCUGCGUACACAGGCCGCUGCUGCGCCUAUUCAGUUCACCGUUGACCAGGAGGCGCUCAAGGUCACUGACAGCGCCAUUGGCAAGGUUCUCAAGAAGCGCGCGCCGCCCCCAGGCCACGUCGCCGCUCCCGUCGUGAACGUCCCCAGGCCCAUGUAUGCGAAGAAGGACUCCUCUGCGCAAGACAACGGCAUCCCCACACCCAGCGUCACCCCCCCUCCCCCGCGGACUGCUCCCGCGCAGAAGCCUGAUACCAUGAAGGCCGAUGUGGCUGAGGGUGACAGCCCGAGAGCUCUGCCCACUGAGCCUGUCGAGAAGCUCAAGAUCGAGGAGCUUCCGAUUGCCGGAAGCAAGACACCCGAUGCAGAGGACAAGACGGAAGACAGCAAGGAGCGUGAGAUGGACAUCUAUUCCGAGGCUGUUCUUGCCUGCAGCAUCGAGAACCCCGAGUCCUGCGUCAUGUGCAGCGGUUAAAGAGCACGGAUGGUAUGAUGGAACUGACGGCUGAUGACACGCGUUGAUGGCAUAUAAAGGGGUUCGGGGCAUUUCAUUGUGGGAUCACGUUGGUAAUAGUUGAUUUUUGGGCUCAUGAGGGUGGCAUCGGUUAAGGACACCCCUAUUGUAUUUGUUUCCACGCACAGCGGUCAGCAGAGGCUCACCCGCCGGCGAACCGGAUUCUCGUGCCGUACAUGUUGUAUUGUCUCUGUCUGGGUAUCCCGAUAGUACACAGUCUGGCGUUGGGAUGAAUUCCUGGUUGGUAUCAUCUUCUAGCAGUAGUAUAAUUGUUUUGCCUUUAUCAGACCACUGCUCAUGAUGCUCGCUGGUCGGCCGAGCUUGGUGAUUUGUGACAUGCUUGACUUGUUUUUGAGACAUACUGUCUGCGAGGCCUCCUCGCUGUGUGACAUCGACGCGACCAACCGGACCGAGACAGUCGGCGUUGAGUGGUCUACCGUCUUGUGUCCCUGCUUUCCUUUCUGCACGUCGAGCUACCUGCGCUAGCCUAGGCAAUGCAUAUGUGCGGGCAUGCCGGGACCGAUCGUGACAACAUUCAAGCGGGACUCUCAGCUGUGCAGGGCCAACACAAAUACCGGUCUACAGAGGCUGAUCGCGCUUGUCGGGCCUUGCCACAAAAUGCUCCAGGCCAGGCUUAAGGAACCACAGAACCCUCCCUUGGCUAGUGGCGGUGGGACGCCCGAC